AUGGGUCGCGGAAGACGAGGUGGUGCCCCGCGCAAGGGCACGUUCAACCCGGAAGAGGAUCCUUCUAUCGAGCACCACAAAAUUGGGGUCUGGGAUCUCUACGUCCAGCGAGACGAAGGCGCAAAGAUAUUGACAAGUCGCUGGACAUGGCUUGAGGAUCGCGCGGAACUACUGAACAACUGGAGGUACCUCUGGCGCGCGAUACACGACUUGCGCGCCACCUGUGGACAUCUCCUGGUGUUGUAUGCGCUUACAAUGGCUGUGAACGCCGUCAUCCCGGCUGUCACCUUGUGGUUCUCAGGACAGUUGCUAGAGAUCGCAAACACUGCCGUCGAAAAGCGAAUGGUCGACAAAGCCGAGCUAUUCCGCAUAGCAUCCGGCCGCGUCGCAUGUGCAGUAGCGACACUCGUCGUCAGCCACAUCAACAACACCGUCUCCCGACGACUCAACGGGCGCAUCAAACGCUUCUACAGCGUCCACACCUUCCACGCCCUCGCGCGUCUUGACGUGCCAACAUUCGACGAUCCGGUCGUCUCGCGCCAGAUAGACUCUGUUCUUCCCGAUGGCGGAGCCGGUGGACGACGAACGAUCCCUUGGUCGGCUAUAAGCUCCGUCGCCAACCUCGGCAGCACACUCAUACACGUUCUUUCUCAGUCCGCCGUGCUUGUGGGUGUAUUGCGCCGGCAGCGCGACGGGCCGCUGCUUGCGGCCAUCGCGGCGUUCAGCCAUAUCUUCAUGAUGAUGUCCAGCUCGAAUGCAUGGGGCGGUAGUGUGUAUAUGCCUCAAACGGGCGUAUGGGCGGCUACCACGCGCGACGAGGACUUCUUGAGGAUGGAGGGGUACAAGCGCGUCGUGGCUAGCGAGACGCAUCGGAAGGAGAUGAUCGCGAGCGGGUUAACGGAGUACAUGACUGAACACUAUCGCGAGAUGGUACAUCGGUUGGGAAGCAAAGCCGGUGACUUCUGGAUGCUUCUCCGGGAAGAGUCUGUCAAGCUACGAUGGACCAGCAUCAUUCAGAGCGUUCUGCAACAGCUCCCGCAGGUCGUCUUCACCCUUCGUGCUGCUCAGUAUCCGACUUCGAUCCCGGUCAGCAUGGCGUCGCUCUCGCUCAUUCAGCAGUCGAGCAACAGCUUCUUGCGUCAAGUCGAGUCUCUGUUCGACGGUACUGAGAACCUUGGAGGGUCACUUAGUUCGCUGCGCAAGCUAUACGAGGCCGAUAAGAUCCCGAAUCGUGUUGUGGACGGCGAGAAACCUUUUCCCGAGGACGCACAGAGCUUACAUGCAGGCAUCGGCGUUGAGUUCAGAAACGUGUCUUUUGCCUAUCCGGGGACGGAGAGGAUGGUCUUGCAAAACGUGUCCUUCAACAUCCUUCCGGGUCAACUCUGUGUGAUCGUCGGUGCAAACGGCUCAGGGAAGAGCACGGUGCUCAAGCUCUGCUCGCGCAUAUACGACCCUACGGAGGGCUCGAUCCUCAUCGACGGGCACGAUAUUCGCACACUGAAGCUCAACGACCUGCGACGCGCGAUGGCGGUGCUCUUCCAGGACUACACCCACUUCCCGUUGUCCAUACGGGACAACAUCGCCCUAGGCAGCCCUGAAGACGCACACGACGAUACGCGCGUAUACGAGGCUGCGCGACUCGCGGGCGCUGAGGACAUCAUCGAGCGUCAACCCGCCGGAUACGGAGAAUACCUGAACCGUCCAGUGCGCGACUUCUACAGUGACCUCCCAGAGGGAACAAAGACGUUGUUCGGACGCACGGUCAAUCAUAACCGCAUGCGCCGGGCGGUGGGAGAUAAGCCUACGACCUCCACGUUGAGUGGGGGGCAGAUGCAGCGGCUGGCUGUUGCGCGAACGUUCAUGCGAUCGUUGCCGACUGAUUUGAAGGAGGACACAAAAGUCGGCUUGUUGCUCUUCGACGAGCCGAGCGCGUCGCUGGAUCCAACGGCUGAACAUGAUCUCUUCGCUCGCCUCCGCGACCUCCGAGGGAACAAAACCAUGAUCUUUUCCACGCACAGGUUCGGAAACCUGACAAGACACGCGGACGUCAUCUUGUACAUGAACGACUCAGUCAUAGUGGAAGCGGGUACGCAUGAUGAGUUGCUGAAGCGCGAUGGCGAGUACGCUCGUUUGUGGAAGAUGCAAGCCCAGGCUUUCCUGUGA